CGUGUCCACCGAAACGAAACUCCCGCCUCCACGUGUCCCCGCACUCCCCGGCCCACCGUUAUAUCGUCUCCCCCAAAACAAAAAUUGAAACGGUGUGAUCAAACCAAUUCCCAGUAUUCCACAGUUUCAACAAUGGCAGACGAAUUCAGGCUAGUGAUGCCGGGAGUGAGCCACGAGGGAAACCUUCCGAGGAAGUACACCGGCGAAGGGCAAGGCGCCACCAAGAACCUUUCCCCGCCGUUGGAGUGGUACAACGUCCCCGAACCGACCAAGACCCUGGCCCUCGUGGUCCAGGACAUCGACGCGCCCGAUCCGAGCGGCCCGCUCGUGCCCUGGACCGUGUGGGUGGCGACCAACAUACCGCCCGCGGUCAAGCGCCUCCCCGAGGGUUUCUCGGGGAAAGGGGGUGAGGAGCUGGGCGGUGGUGCCGCGGAUUACUCCGCGGUGAAGGAAGGGAACAACGACGAGAAGGUCCCCGGGUGGCGCCCACCGUUGGUUCCGAGCCACGGGCACAGGAUGGAGUUCAAGCUCUACGCUCUGGAUACCGAGCUUCAUCUUGGCAACAAGGUGACGAAGGAGAAGGUGGAGGAGGCGGUUGAAGGGCAUGUGCUUGGCGAGGCGGUUCUCAUUUGCAUGUUUUGAUUCUGCCAUCUUUUUUUUUUCUUCUGUACUCUUGUGAUAAGUGAAGUGAAAUCAAAUGAGAUCUUGCAGCACUUUUGUCAUCGUGGCUCUUUUGAAUGUAAAUUUGAAAUGUUUACUCGUGUAUGAUUAUAUACUUGCAUAUAGUUCAUCUGUUGCUUUUAAACCAUCGAAUUAGCGUAUUCUUAAUACACGAAUUCAUCGAACGGUUAGCAAAAUUGAGGAUCAGAGAUCGUUCUUUUUCGGGAAAAUAUAAUAAACAUUUCAUGCUAGUAGAAGUUUUUUUUUUAAAUUAUGUUUAAUUUACGAAUGUAGCAUAAUAUGAUACUGCAUACCAGGUGAAAUUUGAAGUUACAAUUGUUAUUAUAUAAAAACGUUAAAAUUUGAGACAUAUAAAUAACAAACGUUGUAAAGUAUAGGUUUUUUCAAUGAUAUUAAUCUAAAUCUUAGACAAAACAAUAUUAUUUAAUCCCCCGCUCAUUUCCAUCUUGCUUUGUUGAUUUAAUAAUUAAUUUUUAGUUGACAUAAUGAUACAAUUUAUCUUAUCAGACUCGUUUCAUCCAUCACAACAACAACAAAAGAAAUCCUCAGUUAGCAUAAUGAGAAUAUUUCUCACUGAAAAAACUAUUCCCCUUUGUUUUCUUUCUAAGGAAAUUAUCUGAUUCAUCCAAAAACCAUUAUCAAAAUUAUGCAAUAAUAAAAAAAAAAACUU